AUGAAGCCGGAGACCAUAAUGAAGAGUUUUCAAGCUACAGGCGAGUGGCCGAUGGAUGCGGAGGUUGUACUGAAGCGCUUCAAAACCACCACUUCGGAGCAAGAUGAGGCUUUAAAACUCGGGGAGCACGGUGAUGGCGAUAGCUGGAUUCAGCUGCGAAAAAUUUUUGAUGCUGCGGUCGCGGACAAGGCAAAAGUUGAAGCUAAACGGCUGUCGCAAGGCAUACACUCGCUGCAGGUCAAUAACGCUCUACUUCAUAACGAAAACUCGGGCUUACAGCAAGCGCUCAACACCAAAAGAAAGCACAAGACGAAGCGCACAACUCUAGACUUGCAGCAUCGCGAUGAGUACCAUGGCGGCGCUGUUUUCUGGAGUCCUAAGAAGCUCCGCGAAGCCCGCGAGCGCGAAGCCACGAAACGAGACGAAGCCGAACAGCUACAACUCCAAAAAACUCACGAUAGAGACCUGAAAGCGGCGGCAAUGUUAUAUAAAAAGAAGCAAGCGGAAGCUGCAAAGUUGGCUCGACAGCAUGCUGCUGAGGAGCGUCGCGAGGCGAAGAAAGCGCGGGCUGCAGAACUGGCUUCGGACCAGGCGCUCAAAAAGCAGCAACGCGACGCUGCAACCGCACAAAAAUCUCACGAUACAAGCAAUACAGCUAAGCGAAAAGCCUCACACACUGCCGCCAAAAAUUCAGCAAAGCGUCGUCGUGUUGUGGGUGCAGCAAGUCGUGUUGAAGCUGCACCGCCGCCUGCGUCUCCCCCACCCAAAAUCAGCGCGCGCGGCCGCCAAAUCCGGGUACCAGCUAAAUUCAAAUAG